CUUUGUAAUAUCAUCAGACUGGUACGCACCCGGUUGGCACUGCCUACGGCAUCAUGAGAGCGGUCAAGCUGGUCUCAACUGCAGUUCCUCAUCAAUGAGGGGGCGCUGGUCACAGCCUGUGCAGAUGACACACUUCACUUGUGGAAUCUCCGUCAGAGGCGGCCAGCUGUCCUCCAUUCACUCAAAUUCAACAGAGAGAGGAUCACGUUUUGCCACCUUCCCCUUUAGAAAAAAUGGCUGUUGGGGGACAGAGGGGGAAAAACCCACACAUCGUCAAACGAGUCCUUCUUUUUUUGGAUCCUCAUGUGGAAAAGGGCCAUAAAACUAUCAACUAAAACUCAUCCAGGACCUGUGGUUCAUUUAAGUGACAGCCCAAAGGAUGAAGGCAAGCUGCUUAUAGGGUUUGAGAGCGGGACAAUCGUACAAUGGGACCUCCGGCUUAAGAAGGCCGACUUCAGAAUCUACUAUGACGAGGCCAUCCAUUCAGUCAGCUGGCAUCACGAAGGGAAGCAGUUCAUGUGCAGUCACUCAGACGGCAGCCUGUCGAUUUGGAACCUCAGAAACACCACCAAACCAUUCCAAGUCACCUUCCCUCAUGGAAAGAUACAGAAGGAUGGGAGGAAGGAGUCGUGUAAACCCAUACUUAAAGUGGAGUACAAGACCUCAAGGAACAGCGAGCCUUUUGUUAUCUUCUCUGGCGGUCUUUCAUAUGACAAGGCAGGGCGGCGGCCAACGUUAACCAUCAUGCACGGCAAGGCCAUUACUGUGCUGGAGAUGGACUAUCCUAUUGUAGAGUUCAUGGCACUCUGCGAGACUCCUUAUAACAACGAGGUCCAGGAACCUUACGCAGUGGUGGUGCUUUUGGAGAAGGACUUAAUCGUGGUGGAUCUGACACAGAGCAACUUCCCUGUCUUUGAGAAUCCUUACCCUAUGGACAUCCAUGAGUCUCCAGUUACCUGCACUGCCUAUUUUGCAGACUGUCCGCCCGACAUUAUACCCAUCCUCUACUCGAUAGGAGUUAAACAUAAGAAGACCGGCUACAGCCAAAAGGAGUGGCCAGUCGGGGGAGGAACAUGGACGUUAGGCUCCCACACUUACCCAGAGAUCAUUAUCACAGGACAUGCUGACGGAUCAAUUAAGUUUUGGGACGCAUCAGCAAUCACACUACAGAUGUUGUACAAGCUGAAGACCUCCAAAGCGUUCAUGAAGCCAAAGCCAAGUGAGGGCAGGGCGGCUGAUUUGGUGGAGGAUGACCCCUUUGCUAUACAGAUGGUCAGCUGGUGCCCCCAGAGUCGCAUCUUCUGUGUGGUUGGCAUCUCAGCCCACAUCAUCCUGUAUCGCUUCAGCAAAUAUGAUGCCAACACUCAGAUAGUGUCACUAGAGGUGCGCUUACAGUGUGAGGCGGAGGACGUCAUCUCUCCAUCCGAGAAUGAAAACAAUCCCUGCUUCACAGAGUCCGGCUCCCACUCACCACAACCCCACCACCAACACGCAGCUAGCCCCGGCAGUGGGACAACUGAGGGUAACAAAGACAGCAAUCCCUGCCUUAAGGUGAAGGACAGGAUGGUUCGGGUCCCUCCUGGCUACCAAGCAGAGCUGGUUAUCCAGCUGCUGUGGGCAGAUGGAGAACCUCCGCAACAGAUCACCAGCCUGGACAUCAACUCUGCCUAUGGCCUUUUGGCGUUUGGGAACUGCAAUGGCCUAGCAGUGGUGGAUUACUUGCAGAAAACCAUCCUUUUGUGUAUGUCGACACUGGAUCUAUAUGGAGCCGCGGAUCCAUACCAGCGCCUUACCCGCUCCCCACGCAGGAACAGACAGUCCACAUCAGAGUUUUGCAUGCGCGGCCUGUCUAACUUAUAUUCAGAUUCAAAGAAAAGGAUCCGUACAUCCUAUCAGAGCCUUACUGAACUCUCUGACAACCAGCAGUCCAUUGACACGGAUAGAAGCAAGUCGCCCACCUCAGUUCAUUACUCAACCUCCCUUCACAAUGACCCACGCGUCCUGCCAGAGCCUGUGGUCAGUCUGAGAGCCAGCCACUGCAGUCCAGUCUUUUACUUGCUGGAUAAUGUAAAGGGACCCGGCAGAAAGUUAAGUCUGCCAACAGAUCUUAAGACUGAUCUUGAUCAUGUCAAUGGACAUUGCACUAGUCCCACCUCCCAGUCGUGCUCGACAGGGAAGCCUCGUGUCCCGAUGGGUCCCGAGGGGCCACGGCUUACCCGCAGAGGCCCUGGCCGACCGCCCUUCCGCAAGGCCCAGUCCGCUGCUUGCAUGGAGAUCUCUUUGCCUGUGUCCCACACUGAAGGUUAUGCAUCCAGGAGGGCAAUGCUUCAGCAGUUACACGGAGUCGCUAUGUACUCCCACGACGAGCACCACGCCACUGCCCCCUACUGCUGGAGUGAGAGAGCUGCCGCCACAGAGAGUCGUGAAAACUCCUUCAGCCGUUCACGCAGUUCCAGUGUGUCCAGCAUUGACCGCGACACCAAAGAAGCUGUCACCACACUGCAGUUCGGAGAGUCCUAUGCACGCAAGAGUGACACCCUGCCCACCCCAUGCCUCUGGGUGGGCACCAGCUUAGGCAUGGUCUUGCUCAUCCCAAUGUCCAUUCCAACCGAUAACGAGGAGAGGAUGGAGGAACCUGUGACCAUCGGCCCCAGCGGCACAGUCCUGACGCUGAAGGGCUCAGUGUUGCGCAUUAGCUUCCUGGACUGCAUGGGAGCGCUCAUUCAGAGCCCCUACGAGGUUUGGCGGGACCUCAACGCCCAUGAGGACCCUGACCGAAUGCGGAGGCGCAAGCUGAUCCACAUUUCACCGUCAUCCUCCCAGCACACCUGCGGAGAGGGACAUCUGGCGGUGGUGUGCUCCGAGAAGCAGGCCAAAGUAUUCUUGAUGCCCUCACAGUCUUGCCUCUUUGUCCACAACAUCACCGAGUCAUCCUUUGUACUGAGAGCCGACGUGGUAUCUGUGUGCAACAGUGUGUGCCUGGCCUGCUUCUGUGCUAACGGGCACGUCAUGACACUCAGUUUGCCAAGUCUAAGACCGCUUUUGGAUGUUAAUUACCUGCCUCUUGCAGACAUGCGCAUUGCAAGAACCUUUUGCUUUACUCACGGGGGUCAGGCAUUAUAUCUCAGCUCCCCGACAGAGAUCCAGAGAAUUACAUACAGCCAGGAGAUGUGUGACAACCUGCAGGAAAUGCUGGGGGAGCUGUUUACACCAAUAGAAACACCAGAAGCCCAGAACCGAGGCUUUCUAAAGGGCUUCUUUGGAGGAAAUUCUCAUAACUUUGACAGAGAGGAGCUCUUUGGUGAGGCAGCAGCUGGGAAGGGUUCUCGUAGUCUAGCCCAGCAUAUCCCUGGGCAGGCGGGGAUGGAGGGCAUGAAGGUGGCAGCUUGCGGAGUGGUGGGUGAUCUGGCACGGGCGCGCAUUGCUCUGGAUGAGAGAGGCCAAAGGCUGGGAGAGCUGGAGGAGCGAACCGCCCUAAUGAUGACCAGUGCCGAAACGUUCUCCAAACACGCUCACGAGGUGAUGCUAAAGUGCAAGGACAAGAAGUGGUACCAGUUGUAAUAGCAGUAAAGAGAGCUGAGGCUGCCCUUGGACUGCUGGGAGAGUUAUGCCGGGACGGGGACUUUCACUCUACAAAUAAGAGCAAUUAAAGAAAGACUCAAGAGUGUCUUUGUCUUCACGGCUUCUGGACUGGCUACGGCACUGUCACAUUGUUAAAGGACGAGAAAGUGUUAGUUCCUUGUCUAGACAUGUAGUGAUGAGGACAGAAAGAGAAGGGUGAAUGGCGGCAUUUGGAGCAAUGAAGAUGGAACUGGAAAUAUCCAACAUGUCUGUCUAUGAGUGUGUGUGGGAUAUGUAUGGUUGGGCUUUCUGGACCUCUCUGUGUAGAUACUCAAAAGUAAAGAAACCAACAAGAAUUGCAUGAAACAAACAUGGAUGACUAUUAAAAAUAUCCAACUGCCAUAUUAAAAAGCAGCAUGCUACUUUAACAGGAGAUACAAAAAUAAAAAAACGUUUUAUUUAAUGAUGUAAGCCAACAACAGAAACUAUAAAAAAAACUUUAUAUUUUUUGAAAUAUUGACAAAAAGCUAUAUAUAUAUAUAUAAAAAGGGAAAUGUAUACCUGCAUUGCUAUUAAGCCAAAACUUGUGUUCCUUUCCCUUCUCUUCUUUAUUUAAAUUUUUGAUUGAUUUAACAUUUUUAUUCUUAGUCUCAGCAAAUAUUAAAUGCUACAAUAUAGAUGCACAUACUUAGCUUUCUCUACACACACUUAGAAUAAUGCUGAACUAUGUUCUUACCAAUUACUCUGGGCUGCACAGUGCAAACACAAAUCCGUAGUAUUUUCACUUACCUCUGCACAGUCUGAUCACACUAAUUUCACAUUUCGGCGGCAGCAGCAGCUGCUAUUACUUACAAAAACAUGAACUAAUGAUGAGAAGUAUCUAACUCCCCAACUACAGUUGUAUGAAAAUAAAGAACAGAUUGGUGUGGAAGUAUUCUAAGGCUGGUAGACUUAACUGCGUGUUCUGGACACAGUGUGUUUAUAGCUAUAGUAUGAACCUAUAUUACUAUUCACGUGCCAUAAAAAACAAGAUGAGUAAAUCUACUCACUGUAAACUAACAAAGAGCUAAUGUGUGGUAGUCGUAUGUUUUCUGUUAGAUCAGAACAGAUGAGACAUAGUACUGGGAGGUGGCCAUAGAGGGCAUUUAUCAGACUCAAAGAAGUCGGUUUUCUUUAUGAAAAGAAAAAUAUAAGGGUGUUUUUUUCCUUUGAUGUACGAGUUUAGUGAGCCAUUAGGUUGUGUUUGUGUGUGUGUGUGUGUAUGUGAGAGAGAGAGAGUGCCACAGAUGUUAAAUAACUGGACUCCAAAGCGAUCAAACAUGAAUGAUACCCUUCCAUCUCUCAGCCUCAGUCUUUUCGAAGUUGUGGUUCAUGUGUUUUCAGGGUUAAACCUGAGCAGUUCUCUUUCCAUGAUCACAAACAAUAAUUUUAAAUGAUUGUCAAUGUCUUUGUGGCAGCAGUACAAAGCGCAGUUGGAAAUCACAUCCGCUUAACUGCUACCAGCUCCCUUGUGAGUCGUUUAUCAGUCAAAAGGUUCAGGAGAAGUAACAGUAUUUUUUUCCCCAGUGAUGUUCAGAUGUCAGUGACAAAACUAUGUACAUGUGUAAUACAUUUGCAACAAUUUCAAAUGAAGGCAAAUAUGUUCUUUUUUUCGUUCAAUAUUGUUCUUGAUGACUAUGGUAUCCUCUUGUCCGAGUCUUAUAUUUGAUGGUGAUGGCCUUUUCAACAGAAGGCUCUUGUAUGUUUAAAACAACAAAUGUUUCAUGAUACAUGGUUGUGUAUCAUAUUGUGAUUGUGUUGUACAUGUCAAUGGGUAGCCACAUGACACGGGCAAACAACAUUAACUGAGGAGGAUAUUUUGUUCUUGUGUAUUUGUCUGUACUUUGAAUUGAUCUGAAAAACCAAACAGGAUUGUUGAUAUCCAUUUCUCACACAUCAGGCCUUUAUGCACACGUGCAUUAACAUAUAUAAAGCGUUGCGCCUUGAUCAUGUUGACGGCACUCCUAAAUAGAAUAUGCACAGCGACACUUAGACUCAAAACCUAAAAAAGGAACAAGUGAAUCUAUCUACAUUACUAGCAUAGACUAGUCAUUUCUGUCUGCUCCAUGUCAGGCUGCAGAGGUUUUGACCAAACCCAAAUCGCCUGACAUUCUAAAUCAACACCACGCAGAUAUCAGGAAUUACACUUGAUUUGAUUCAAUUAGGUGUCUUAAACAUGUGAAAAAAAAUGAAUUUCUCUCCUAUCUCUGUACCGUCGAUGAGAUUUGUGUUCAGUGCAGUCCUUUAAAUGCCAGAGAAAACACACAGAAAAACAAAAAAACACAACCAAAAGAAGAAGAAAAAAUCUGACUUCUACUGACAGGGUGUUUUGUUAGUACGUUUUUUUUGUUUGUAUGUUUUUGUUUUUUUUUAUUAAUUGUACAGUUCAAUCUUGAGAGAAAGUUGAAACAAA